AUAGUGGACAUCAAUUUUGAGAGAUCAAUAAGGAUGUGUCGGUUUAGUGUGUAUGGUGAUAGGAAGUGCAUUCUUCUCUACCGAUUCUUGGCCGGUACGGUUCUUGAUAACCUAACUGGUUAUUUGCUUCAAGAUUCAAUGGUUAACGCAAUCAAAGGAGUCUUCAUCUCAUGCGAUGUUCCCAUGGCGCAGUUCAUUGCACAUUUGAAUAAUUCGUUGCCUGCUUCACAGAAGUUCAUAAUUCGAGUACUGAAACUGGACACUACUUGUAUAUUUGUGAAGCCAUAUGCUGAGGAGAUGAUCCGUAGUGCCGUCAUCAAUUUCAGGGAUCAAAACUCUUACGCAAAGGCGAAUUGAGCGGUUUUUUUUCUCGGUUUUCGGUUACUAGAUGUCGAUUUUUGAUCUUAAUAUAGUGUGAGAUCAACA